CGUCCAAUGACCACCAUUAAUAACUAUUGAGUAUGAUAGAACCUAACCUAAAAACUGUAGCAACAACAACUGUGACUUCUGCCAAACACUGACCAAUAUAGCUGCAAUAAUUGGAGACUAAAAAGAGCAUACGACGGAAGGACAAAUAAGAAGUAGAAGGAGAGAGAUGAUGGAAAGGUGUAGUGAAGAAAGAUACAUCAACAUAUUUGAGGGUAUAAUUAAGUGUUUGUGGUGGUCUCCAUGCGUGUUUCUUGUGGGUCAUUUGGGACUAGGGAGGGCUUUUCCUGGGGACAUGUGGCAACACUACUUUCCCUGCUGAAUGUCGCAACUCCUAUCCCCUUUUUCUGGGUUUUCUUUGUUAUCCCCUGUUUCUGCUUUCGCCUGUACUGGGGAUUUCCUUGACCUGCAAUGUGUCCUGUUGGGCCUUGCCUCAUCUAUCCUUCAAAACCAAAAGGCCCACUAUCACAUAAGCCCACCUGACCCAGUAGCAUCAUUGUCUCUGACCUCGUCAGGACCCCAUUGCGCGUCUUCACCUUUACCCUCUUCAUCAGUAUCAUCAAAGACAGUCGAUCCCUCGGCCGUGAGUCUCCUGUGCAUCGAUCGUCGCCAUCAUCAAUUCGAUUCAACGGUAACUGGCAUUGAAGAUGAGAGACAGGAGAUUGGCACGGCUGGAUUUAUUUAAAGACCUCUCCAGGAAGAAGAGAGGCAACAGUUUCCUUUACUCAGUAAGAACGGGUCAAUUCUUUGAGAGUAUUUGGAUUGGGUUCAGUUCAAGUGUCCGGAUAGCUUGAGUUGGGGCUUGCAGCCAGGAACUCAAGUUUAUCUGGGCUUAGCUCCUGUUCUUGUCUUCUUUACUUUUAAAUUCGUACUCUGCUUAGGGAUUUAUUCUGUUCUCAUAACUGUUGAAGUGAGUUUGCUAGGUCUUCUUAGUUUCUCUCCUCUCUUAAACGACAUCAUCCCCUUGUUGAAUAGAUUGAUUGUUAUAAUCCUUUGGUUACUUUCAUUGAGGGAAUGGAAUUAGGCACAUAUCCUCUUUACAAUAGGUAUCAGAGCCUCCUUUUCGUGGAACUAAGUGUUGCCGAGAAGGAGAUCCUCUACCUUGCUAUGUCUUCCAAUUCAUUCCCCACUAGCUUAAACCCUCCCUGGUUUACUGGUAGUAAUUAUUCAGUAUGGAAAAAGACAAUGAGACUAUACCUCCGAGGAAUCAUUGUGAAUUGUGGGCAAUUGUCUGAAAUUGACCAAUUGACAUGAAAGAAGAUGAUGAGGAGGAUUGGUCUGAUGAACAAAAGAAAAGUACACAACUAGAUUCUAGGGCAAUGCAGAUUUUGCUUUCUGCAAUAUCUGACGACGAAGGAGAAAAAUUAACAAAUGUGAAACAGCUAAAGAAAUUUGGUCAAUUCUUGAAAAAACUCACGAAGGAACUUCAGAAGUCAAAGAAACUAGAAUUGAUUUGCCUUUAAAAGAAUAUGAAACAUUUGAUAUGAUAUCUGGUGAAUCUAUUUCUGAAAUGGAUAAGAGAUUUUCCACCCUGGUCAAUCGACUUAAAGGGUUGGGAAAAACUUUCUCAAGCAAAGAGCUUGUUAGAAAGGUUCUUAGAUCACUUCCUCUUGAAUGGAUGGCUAAGAGAACUGCCAUAGAGGAAGCUAACGAUCUUAAUGUUCUAUCCCUUGAAAACUUAAUAGGCUCUCUUCUUAGUCAUGAGGAAGUUCUCAAACAAAUGAACUCUUUCCAUGAUAAGAAGAACAAAUCGAUUGCAUUUAAAUCUGUGUAUGCAAAUGAAGGAGAAAAACUGGAUGAAGAGUUUGAAAAUGAACUCGCUCUUACCAGCAAAAAACUCCAAAGAAUUAUCAAGUUUAAACAUGAUCACAUGAGAGCCAAUUGUCCACUUAACAAGAAGAAAGAAAAAGCAAUGACGCCUCCUAUAGUGAUUACAGCUCAGAGGAGGAAUCAGAAGUUGUUGCCUACAUGGGACUGAACUCCAACAUUGAGGAUGAACAUUUUAAUGAAAAGGUAUGGUCUGACUCAUCUUCUGACUCACUCUCUGAGUCCCACCACGAAGAUUUUUUCCUUCAUGCUUUCUCAAAUAUUCAGGAUGAGUGCAAUAGAUUAAAAAGCAGGUUCUGUUUGACUAUGAGUCAGUUGCAUGAAAAAGAAAUAGAAGUUAGAAGUCUCAAAGAACUUGUCGAAGUACAACAGGCUGCUCAAAUUACUCAAGACAAUCAAAUUGCUAACCUUACUGCAGAAAACAAUAGACUAACAAGGGUGAUUGGUAACUGUCACAGAAUAAUGCACAGAAAUACCAUGAUGUCAUAUCCAUCUCUGGAGUUUAUCAAUUCUAGAUUUAGUCCUAAGCCUCUUACUAAUAAAUAUCCAUCUUAUACUUGGAGGCAUCCCUUGUUUUGUAUUGUCUGCAAGAAGUCGGGACAUGACUUUAAUCAUUGAUAUUCCAGGAAACAAAAACCCAAACUUGUUUGGGUUGUUAAAACAUCUAAUUAAGCUUCUUUUCUCUUUUCAUAAUAAUAAAGAUGCUAACAUCUG